AUGAAUUAUGUAUGUCUGGCCUAUGAAUGGGCCCUUGUGUCUUUACGCUCACAUGCCAAGUUCCUUUUCUGGUUUGAUAGCGGUCUUGCUUUCUCAGCUCAUCUAUUCAGUGACCUUUCUCGUUUCAAGUUUAUCAAUACCUCGCUAACAAGCUUAACGCGUCCCCGGAAUCCCGAGGCCUUUCUAUGCGUUGCAUCUCGACGGUACUUUUUCUCAUGCUUACUUUAUGAUACCAUCCUUGAGACCAUUGUUAUUCUCGGUCCAGAUUACGACUUGAUGCCCUGGAGUUUCGGAUAUCUUUUCUCUUUUACUGCCUUGGAUCAUUUAUUCUCUGAGUAG